AUGCUAACAAUGCUGCGAUCCAACGUCGAGGCGUCUUCGGAAAGGUGCGCCCCUCAUGCUCUUGCCCCGUAAAAUUGGCGUUGCAUGAUGACGUCCAGCAGACGGAAAUUGUUGACGCCUCACUCUGAUCUUUUUCAGAUCGUUGGCAGGCUGCGACCAAUCUUGUCGGGUCGCACCAGCAAGGCAAUCCCAACGCAAGUGUCACGCACAAGUCAAUUCACAGUCUCGGAUAUCGCAGAGGUUCGUUGUUUCGAAAAGGUGAAAGCCGAGCAGCACAACCGCUCAUCCUCAUGCGCUGUAUCUAUCCAGGCCGCAUUCCCUAGUCCUCGCAUACAACAUGCUUUGCACGAUGCAGCGCGACUCGGACGCAACACUGUGCCCAUGACAACACAACCAUACCGAGUGGUGGGAGAGGACGGCAAGCCAGUGCUGCGUCUCGGCCGUGUGAGUAUACGUGGACAUGGCUUCUCAGGAGCGUAAUAACCCAACGUUAUUUGAACAUGACCAGGAGGUCUGGGGAGUGCGACGAGUGCCGCUAGGCCCCAACACACGCAUUCCCUACGUAUCACAUCCUCAGUACCAGGAGAUGCUCGACAAGAUCCAAGCGGAAACCAAAGAAUUGUUGAGAGAGAGCGAUAGUCUAGCCUACAAGGGUCCGCGACCGAGAGCUCGUUCGUAA